CAACAGGUAGGCGUCCUCUAACUGCGUCUCUGCGCGCAGUCAGUCGGUGUUUUCCGGGGGAACAAGUGGUCCGAGCAGACCAUGAGCUAUUCAGAAAUGAGACCUGAGGUAAAACUUCGCCCCAUCAUAUCCUAAUUAUCCGAAACAGCAUUUUAUGUGAGUGGACGAGCUGUUUGCCUGCGACUUUUUGGUUCUUUUUGACUGCGAAACACCACAGAAAGCUGGUUUGGAAGAUUUUCUGCUUAAUUGAUUGGACAAAUCACACUUGUCGAGUGGAUAUCUCAAUGUGGGAACAACGUUGAAGCUGCCAUAUUGUCCUCAUCGUUAAACUUUGCUCCUCUGGGAUUAAAGCCAGGACACAGUGAGACACAGCUGAUCCCAGGAGGUCAGACACACUCUGACCCAGAUCGCCCUGCAGGAGGACAUGGAGGUCCUGCGGCGGUCCUCUGUGUUCGCUGCAGAGGUCCUGGAUGUGUUUGACCGCUCGUUGACGGAGAAGGAACUGGUGUCCCAGUCCAAAGCCUUGUGCAGAGACUACAUACUGUCCAGACUCAACCAGAAUGGACUUGGGUGGUCCAAAACUGAACUCAACCUCUCUCCUUCAAACGCAGCGCUCGCUGAGGUGUCUUUGGUGCUUCUCUGUCUUGGAGACGAGCUGGAGUGUAUACAGCCCAGUUUGUACAGGAACGUGGCGCGGCAGCUCAACAUCUCUGUUGCCAUGGAGAACAUGGUUUCAGAUGCCUUCAUCGGCGUGGCAACAGAGAUCUUCUCAACAGGUAUAACAUGGGGCAAGGUGGUGGCCAUGUAUGCAGUAGCCGGAGCCCUGGCAGUGGAUUGUGUCAGACAGGGUCAUCCGUCCUCCGUUCACAUCUUAGUGGACAGUCUGGGCCAGUUUGUCCGCAAGUUUCUGGUUCCCUGGCUGAAGAGACGGGGAGGAUGGGCGGAGAUCACGAAAUGUGUGGUGAAGAAGGACCUUACCCCUGAGCACCACUGGCUGUCAUCUGUCAUCGAGUCUCUGAAAUAUUUUCUCACUACAAUGUAUGUCUACAUCAUGAAGGAACCGUGAGUCAUCAGAGGCCGAGUGCACAGGAGUUGGCGUCAUCAUGGAUUGAUGUGAGAUUAAAAUCUCAGACUUAUCAAUAACGGAGUGGAGAUGGUCGCUGUGCCUGCACGCAGAUAUUUGCUGUUGCUGAAUGGCCAUCAACAAAUGUUUCAUCAGCAUUGUGUUUGUGUUUUCUCGGAUAAGCGAUUACCCUUCAUCCAAAGUGUAGUCAUGGUGAUGUUUAACAGCAUAAAUGGCAACCAAACACGUGUGUGUCACUCCACCUCUUCUGCAUACUGUCACAGUGCUUUCUCCGGUGCAGUAAACCAGGCUUCUCCAGUGAUGUAACUGUGUCGUGUGAUGGUGUUCGGGUUGAAUGUGACGUCUUUGCACUCCUGAGUUAAACUGUUUGAUGUAAUGUUUGUCUCAGAAAAUAAACCUGAAGGAGGAAAGAAAGUGAAAGCCACGCUUGUAAUGAGAGUUGAUGCUCGCUGGGCUGCGUCUUCUUGACUUUUCAGUUGGAAAACGGUUUAUGUCACAUGGUGAAGCAAAGGUGUUUCAUCUGCUUUCACUCUAAAGGUUUACACUAUUGUACUUCACCAAAGCACAAGAAGUGUCUCUUCCCAAAUAUGAUUCAAUUUUCUGCUGCAACUUCAGACCCCACCGACCAAGAAAUGUCGGGUCUCAUCUUGAGCCAAAGAACUUGAGGACAGAAGAAUGAUACGUUCAGCACCCACAUAUUUUGGUGAAGUUGAUUUCCUUUUCUUUUCUUUUAUUUUAAAUCUGUAAAUAUUGUUAUUUAUGAUUUUAUUUUUUGUAUCUUGAUGACUUUAACAUUUAAAGCCACUGCAAUGUAAAGACAACGGCUCUCCAGGAUGAUUGUGUGGUAUGCUUGAUGGUUGUCACUUUUGCAGUGUUAAUUUAUAAAUGUGUGUCUGAAUGUUUUUUUUUUAAAAAUCCAUAAUAAAAUCAUAACACAUA